AUGUUUCACUCGGGAUGGACCCAGACUCACUGGAUGAAACCUACAUUCUUACCCGCCCAGCCGGACUUGGUUAUCCUUGGUAUGGACUUUAUGCAGAAGUUUGGGAAGACCGGAUUUGAUUGGGAAAAGGGUUGCGUUAAGCUGGGCGAACAGUGGGUAUACUGCCUACUCAGCGAGGACAAACAACCUACAUACAACAUCAACCCGGAGCUUUCUAAUGAAGAAGUAGGUAAUCUUAAAAACGUGGUAGAUGAAUUCAAAAAUGUUUUUGCAUCUAACCCCAAAGCCCCUCGCAAAUACAAGGGUCCUCAACACUAUAUUGUAAGUGAAACUAAUAGAGUUAGCUUUGAUAAGCCCAGGAGAGUCCCUGAAAAAUGGAUGGGACACAUCAACCGCCAAAUUGACGAAAUGUUAGAGAAUGGGAUCAUUGAACCGUCUGCAUCGCCAUACAACAGCAAUGUAAUCAUAGUUGAUAAAAAGGAUGGGGAUAAACGCUUUGUAAUUGAUUAUCGUUCAUUAAAUAAGGGCACUAUUAAAGACUCGUAUCCUUUACCUAACAUAGACGAGCUUAUAGACAAAUGCCAAGGCGCAAAAUACUUUACGCAACUUGACCUUGCGGCUGGUUACUGGUGUGUGCCUAUCGCUGAAGAAGAUAGACAUAAAACAGCAUUUAGCGUGCCGCGUGGUAAAUACCAAUGUUUAAGAAUGGCAUUCGGACUCAAAAACUCAGGUCCUACUUUUCAGAGGAAUAUGGAUGCUAUUGUGAAGAGUGCUAAGAAGAACAUGACUAAGGAGCAGACUCAAGAUGGUUCUGGAUUGGACGAUUACUCUGACAACCUGAUAUUAUUCUCCAGGAAUCUGGAAGAUCAUGUGAGUAUGCUUAAGAUCGUCAUGAAUGAAUUGAGGAAAAUGAACAUGUCACUCAGAGUUGACAAAUGCGAAUUUGGCUACACUAAGAUUGACUUCUUGGGAUUUGUUAUUGACGGAGUUAGUGUGGGUCCUUCUGAAGCUAAUAUAGAUAAAGUCAAGCAGUUCCCUAAACCUAAAAACAAGAAAGAAAUCCGGAACAAGAUAAUGAGAUGGUUAAAUGAACUCGAGGCUGUUGAGUAUGAAGUUAGGUACAUCCCUGGAGAAUUGAAUGGAGUAGCUGACAGUCUGAGCAGAAUUGUGGUAAAGACUGACAUUAAAACGGAAAGAAGCGAUGCAGAAGCAGAAAGUCACAUUUAUGCUGAGUUGAGUAAAGAUGGAGAGAAUGACAGCUCAUUGAAAAAUGCCCAAGAAAACGAUGCCUGGAUUAAGUGGACUACAUCUAGAAUACAGAGCAACAAGGUUAUCUCUAGAGGACCUUAUAAAAACACUAAAUAUCUAAGUGUUGACAGCUCAGGGCUGUUGUAUAAGGGAAGACGUAUUGUAGUGCCACCAAGCCUUCAAGAUAAAAUAAUUCAGGAAUACCACUGCCAAAGCCAUCCCGGGCCAGAGAUAACCGCAACCCAAAUCAGGGCUAGGUUUUGGUGGAGAAGUUUAUCUAAACAGGUAGAUGCGUUCACCAAAGACUGUAGAACCUGUAUUCAAGCCAAGAGUAGACCUGAUAAGGCUGAAAUGAUAAUCACUGAUGUCCCUAAACCCCAUGAGAUGAUUUCCUUUGAUAUAGGCUCAAUGCCUAAAUCGCCCAAAGGUAAUUGUUGUUUCAUACUGUGUGUCGACUUAUGUACCAAGAUGAUAAACGCUACGGCUUUGCCCAAUCAGACAUCUAAGGUCCUCAAAGAAGUAUUUUGGGAGAAACAUAUUGCCUAUUAUGGAGUACCUAAGAUUCUAGUCUCUGACCAAGGCCCUAAUGUAGACAAAUCAGCCAUCAAAGAACUGUGUGAUGAGCUUGGUAUCGAGAAGCGCCACUCAAGCCCAUACCACCCACAGGGGAAUGGAUCGGCUGAAAGAUCAAUUCAAACCGUUAAAGACAGACUGCGUGCUAUGAUAAUAGCUAGGCAGAUACCUGUAACAGAUUGGGAUACCCUUCUUCCAGAAGCUGUGUUAGAGAUGAACAGUCAAAUGAACAAGUCGCUUAAGGCGUCACCAUUCUCAUGUACUUUUGGUAAAGAUGCUAGACUAGCAGUUGAUAAUUUCUUCCAACUACCAAGUAUUACCAAUGAGCUCAGUCAAGAAGAGAUCUUAGUAGCAGCUAAUCACAAUCGGGACAUGGCCAAGAAAGCAUACAAGAUUCAACAUGACAAGAAUGCCUCAAAGGAGAGUAAGGAGUGGAAGCAAGGAGACCGAGUGCUAAUAAAGCGUACACAUGGUAAACUUAAUUAA